ACACACGAAAACAGCACCAGAGAGAGAGAGGACGGCAGUCACAGUCAGGCAGUCUGCAGGCACAUCCAUGGAGUACUACUACGCCUACCAGCACAGCAACAGCAACAGCAGCGGCGGCUUGAGCUCAAAGGAGAAGAGGCCGCCGCUGAAGCGGGGGCAGCUCAAGCGGCAGAUCGUGAGGACCAUCAGCAACCUCGUGGUGCCGAGGCACGCCGCCGUCGCUGGGUCGAGGGAGAAGGCAGAUCGCGGCAGCGGAUUCGGCGGAGGACGGAGCUACAACUGAUGAUGGAUCUCUCGGAGAAGGCGUGAUCAGAGAUACGAUUCGCAGCGCCAGGUUUGUGUGUACGUACUACUUGCCGAUGCCGAUGCAAAAGCAGCACGUAGCGCAUCUGUUCUUCUUAGAGCUUAGUAAUAGCUUAAUUAUCCUUGUUUUUCCCCCUGUUGUACAAAACAAAACUUGCAGGCUUUUUUAGAUGGUUGAUAGAGUUUUGUUACAUAAAUGUAAUGUUAGCUUCAUAGCUUGUGUGAGGUCAUGUAAAGUUCCUUUUGUAUAAUACGUACAUCUUGCGAAGUGAAAGCUUGUUACGUUUACAUUGAAGAGAACGACAUGUUUCACAGG